AUCGGUCCUCUCAAUUGCACUCUCGUGCUAACACCCAAUAUUUUCGGAACAAACGCAGUUUUCCAGUUUACGAGAAGUUCGCUUAUACCGUCAAGCACAUCCAUGUAAAUGGCAACCUGGAAGUGGUGUUUCCGCAUGCAGGGACUAGGCUGAUGCGAAAGCCCGUGACAUUGCUGUUUUAAACCGAGGAUAACCUGCAGCGGGACCUUCCUGGCCGAGCAACCUCAACCCCUUGCGUUGCCUUUACUUUCAAUUCUGCACCAGUUCAAUAUCUUCUCCUUAGAACCAUACUGUGAACCUGUGCCAUCCUGACCCUAGUAUCGACACCAACAUCACGAUGCACGCUGGCGCCGUCCGCGUCAAUGUCCUCCGCGGCCUGCGGCCCAUGGCCUCCCGCUUCCAGCCGAACACUCUUCCACAGGUCGCCCGGAGCUUCUCGGCCUCGGCCCGGCGCAGCUACGAGUACAUCCAAGUGUCGGAGCCCCGGCCGGGCGUCGGUCAGGUAACCCUCAACCGCCCAAAAGCCCUCAACGCACUGUGCACGCCCCUCAUAACCGAACUCAACACAGCCCUCCGCGCCUUCCAAUCCUCCUCCAGCAUCUCAGCCAUCGUCCUAGCUGGCUCGGAGCGCGCCUUCGCGGCCGGCGCCGACAUCAAGGAGAUGGCGCCGCUAACCUUCAGCGAGGCCUACACGACCGCCUUCAUCGAGUCUUGGUCGGAGCUGACCACGUCACUGAAGAAGCCGCUCAUCGCGGCCGUGUCGGGCCACGCGCUCGGCGGCGGCUGCGAGCUUGCGCUCAUGGCCGACAUCCUGUACUGCACCACCACCGCCAACUUUGGGCAGCCCGAGAUCAAGCUCGGCACGAUCCCCGGGGCGGGCGGCAGCCAGCGGCUGACGCGGGCGGUGGGCAAGAGCCGGGCGAUGGAGCUGAUCCUGACGGGGCGGUCGUUCAGCGGCGAGGAGGCGGAGCGGUGGGGGGUCGCUGCGCGCAUGUUCCCCAGCUACGAGGCGCUGAUGGAGGGCGCGCUGGGCACGGCCGAGCUGAUUGCGGCCCACUCCAAGGUGGCGGUGCAGGCGGCCAAGGAGGUUGUCAACAAGAGCCAGGACCUGGCAUUGCGGGACGGGGUCGAGUACGAGAGGAGGGUGUUUCAUGGCUUGUUCGGCAGCCAGGACCAGAAAAUUGGGAUGAAGGCAUUUGCCGAGAAGAAGAAGGCUGAGUGGAGCCACCAGUAG